AUGGGAAAUAGCCUACAUUACUUAAUAAACCAGCGUAAUUAUCAUUAUUAUGAUGAGAUAGCGUUAGACAGUGGAAUAACCACGUUUUCUACACAGAAAAACACUGGAUAUCAAGAAAAGAUCUUCAAAUAUAAAAGCUUAUCAUUGAAAAUUUCUGAAGCAGAAAGUCUAUAUAACAAACUAAUGGAUAUGAAAUAUCAUAUUGAACAAAUUACUGUGAAAUACAACUCCCUUUCAAGAUUGUUUGAAGGUAUGCACUGUAAUAUUUGUUAUCUGGAUUUUGCUCAGAGAUGGGUUUAUCAGCAGGAUUGUAAUAAAUUUUAUAAAUACUGUAUAGAAUUAGAAGCAAGAAUAGCCGAACAAGACGAAUCAAUAAAGAGAAAAUAUUUGGAAUACUGUGAUUUUGUCAAAUUAUACAAUGUUAAAUCAGAAGAAAUUAAGUAUUCCAACAACUAUCCAGGUCUCGUAACAUGCCUCUUAUUAAAUAGAAAGUGUCCAAAAUGUUGUGAAUCUAAAAAUAUAUCUCAUUCUCAAGCAAAGGUAAGUAACGCUAGUUCAUAUAUUUCCAUAAUUAACUCUUCAAAGAACACGGCAUUCAUGGCAUUUAAAAUUAGAGGACUAAUUUCAUUCUACGAAUCUCAAUGGAACGAAAUUAAAUCACAUAAAUAA